UUAACAGUUGACGUCGUGCAUCACUCAAAUUGGUUACUCUUAGAUCAUGAUAAAUGUGGCAGUUCCAAUACCGAUCGUAUUAUAGGUGGUAAAAAUGCAAAUAUGGGUGCAUAUCCGUGGCUCGCUAGAAUAGGAUACAUCACAGUUAAAUUUAAUCCAGUAAAUUCUAAGGUAGAUUAUAAAUGCGGUGGUUUCUUGAUUAAUAAAUACAAUGUAGUAACAGCUGCUCAUUGUGUGACACAAUUACCGAAAUGGCUUAAAAUCACCAAUGUCCGAUUAGGAGAAUAUAACACGAUGACAGAUCCCGAUUGUGAAAAAGAAUACUGUGCCGAACCAGUUCAAAAUAUUCAAAUAGCAUCUAUCGAUGUUCAUAAAGAUUACGAUCAUCCGAAAUUUAGAAAUGACAUAGCUAUAAUACAUUUGGAUAAGCCCGCUAUUUACAAUGAGUUUGUAACACCUAUUUGUAUACCGCAUGGUGAUUUGAUUGAGAAAGAUUAUACUGGUGAAAUGGCGGAAGUUGCUGGUUGGGGAAUAUAUGAUAUAGAAACUUCUAAAACAAGCCAAUUGCUUCAAACGAUCACAAUGCCGAUCCAAGAAACGGAAAAAUGUAAAGAAAUUUUUAAAACACUUAUUUCAAUAAGCGAUCAACAAAUAUGCGUUGGGGGUGUCAUCGGUGCAGAUUCUUGUCGCGGAGAUAGCGGUGGACCUCUAAUGAAAGUGGAAACCAUUGACGAAUUACCAAAAUAUUACGUCAUCGGAGUGGUUUCUUUUGGUGUACAAGAUUGUGGUGCCACAACAACUCCUGGUGUUUACACCAAAAUAUCUCAUUACGUUACCUGGAUACUUGAUAAUAUUAGUUCAUGAAAUAUCCAUCGGAUGAUAUAUACAGAUUUAGAUAUAUUAUUAAUAUUAUCGUUUCGAAUGGUUAAUCAUGAGUACGGAGCCGGAUAUAAUGAAAAUGAUGUUGUGGAAGAAUUCUUAGUAAUUAACACGCUAGUUAAAUUUCAAAGACAAUCUGAUUGCAACACGCCAAAUCAAGUUGCUGGAAAUUGUAUUACAAUCCGUCAAUGUAUUCCAUUGUUGACUAUGCUUCAAGAGAAGCCUCUCCGAACGGAAACUGUGGAUUAUCUAACACGAUCUCAAUGUGGUUUCGAAGGCAAAGAUCCUCGUGUAUGUUGUCCUCUCUCUUUUGACGAAUCAAAUCAACCUUCUUAUCCGAGGACUGUAUCACCUACAGAAGAAACACGUGCUGGAUUAGAAAGAACAGAGGAUCCUAUCAGCAAUUUACUUAAUAAUCCUUUAUUACCAAGCGAAUGCGGAAAAAGUUUGAUACCUCGAAUUAUCGGAGGAACACGUACCGCCCUUGACGAAUUUCCAUGGAUGACUUUAUUGGAAUAUCAACAUCCAAGAGGACGAACUACUGCCUGCGGAGGAGUCCUGAUUAACGAACGUUAUGUACUUACCGCUGCUCAUUGCUUAAAGGGUAAAGAUUUACCAAAAACGUGGACAUUAACAAGCGUACGAUUAGGCGAAUACGAUACCUCCUCCGAGAAAGAUUGCAUUCAAGAGGAAGACGAAGUUAUAUGCUCCGAUGAUCCGAUCACAGUAGGUAUCGAAGAACAAAUUGUUCAUGAACAAUACAGGCCAUUAUCGAAAGAUCAGAAAUAUGAUAUCGCAUUAUUAAGAUUGUCAAGGAAUAUCGUCUCGACAAAAUAUAUAAAGCCAAUUUGUUUGCCACGAAGUCCUUCGUUUGGUCAAAAAAUGUACGUAGCAGGUUGGGGUAAAACGGAGUUUAAUUCGUCCUCGGACUUCAAACUGAAACUAGCAUUGCCUUUGACCGAUAAAGAUGAUUGCGGUAGAACUUACGAUCAAGUUGGUAUCAGACUCGGUUUCGGACAAAUUUGUGCCGGUGGUCAGAAAGGUAAAGAUUCAUGCAGAGGAGAUUCCGGUGGACCACUCAUGUCCGUUGAAAAUUUACCUAAUGGUGAUGGAAUAUGGGUAACCGUAGGAGUUGUAUCUUUUGGUCCUACACCCUGUGGUAUGCCUGGUUGGCCCGGUGUUUAUACUAAAGUUUAUGAUUUUGUUCCAUGGAUAACUAGUAAGAUAAGAUCUUAAGAGAACUAUUGGAGAAAUUUUUGUACUUUUUCGUUUUCCUAUUUUUUAUAAUUUCUUCGUUCUCUUUUUAUCCUUUUUAUUUCUUCUCUUUUUUUUUUUUCUUCACAAAAUGUACUUCAAUUAAAACCGAUCGAUAAUUAAAAGAAAUUUUAUUCUCGUAUUUAAUAAUUCUACGUGAAAUUACAUUUAUAUUAGUUUUAAGAAUCUUAAUACCUAAAGAAUAAAAGAGAUGAAAAAGAAAAAUAAAAGUAAAGAAGAAAACUGCCAAAGUAUAAUAGACCAUGUACUUGACCAUGUCGAAUUUAAUAUAUAUUCAAGCGAUAUAUUGCUACAUGAAUUAUUCUUUUAAUUUAGGAAUUAUUAAUGAAUUGUUUCUAUUGACUUCUUCAUCGGAAGAAUAAAAUUCUUUUUUUCUAUUAUUUUUCGGAAA